AUGCCGUCCUUCAGUAAUCGGGUCUCUGAAAGCGUCAAUGACCGAUUGGCGUUUGCAUCUGCUAUCAUGAUGUUGUCACAGAUCAAUUUCGGAAUGGAUAUGGUUGCUUUCGCAAACACUCAGGCAAUGCACCCCUUCAACAAAAAGUUCGGUUCCUAUGACGAGAGCCUUGAACGAUAUGCGUUAGAUCCGUACUUCCUCUCGCUCCUCAACAGCCUCACUUACGUCGGUCAAGUCUUUGGGGUUAUAACAGGCGGUUGGGUUGCUCGUCAUUACGGACGACACCCUUCGUUUUGGGUCAUGUCUUUUGUGUGA